GUCAAAAAUGGACAUUGUCAGGCACCCUGAGCUUCACAGAGGUGAAACUAUUAUUUUCAGAAGAUGCCUUACAUAACCCUAGACUAAAUUCAUUUCCCCAGCCAAGGAUGCCAAAUUGGGGUGGAGGAGCCAAAUGUGCAGCCUGUGAGAAGACGGUUUACCAUGCAGAGGAAAUACAGUGCAAUAGCCGGAGCUUCCACAAAACCUGCUUUAUUUGCAUGGUUUGUCAUAAAGGUCUGGACAGCACAACAGUUGCAGCACAUGAGUCUGAGGUUUACUGCAAAUCCUGCUACGGCAAGAAAUAUGGUCCGAAAGGCUAUGGGUACGGUCAGGGUGCUGGAGCAUUGAGCUCUGACCCGGUGGAUAAUGAAGAACUCAAGCCUCAAGAGCCCAAACCACCUCGUCCCUCAUCCACUAACUCAAACCCAAACAAGUUUGCACAGACGUUUGGGAGCACAGAUCGUUGUCCACGCUGUUCAAAAGCUGUAUAUGCAGCAGAGAAGAUCAUGGGUGCUGGAAAGGCCUGGCACAAAACCUGCUUCCGCUGUUUAUUGUGUGGAAAAAGCCUUGAAUCCACCACAGUGACCGAUAAAGAUGGAGAGCUGUACUGCAAAGUUUGCUAUGCCAAAAACUUUGGUCCAAAGGGGCGAGGCUUGGGGAACCCAGGAGUGGUCGAGGAAGGUUAAUGACAAGUUUAGACCAGCAUGGGCAUUGUUCACUAGCUGAUGUUUUGUACUUAAACUUGUUCUACUGGUGAUGCUUUGCACUGAGUAAUGCAUACAACUUAUAUAUUAAUAAUAGUGUAUAUUAAUUCAGUCUAUUGUAACUUUACAUCUUAUGUCAUAGCAUAAAAGCAUAAUGAUGACAUUAAGGAUUGUAUAUGUGAUUAAAGACAAUGGACCAUCUGAAA